CAAGAUUCAUAACCUCGCUCUGCUCUUGCACAGAAAUCAAUGAGUCGUGGAAAAUCUGUGAAUACAUCAAAUGAUUUAGGCAUAUCAAUUUUUUUACAUUGAUGUCUCCUUCUGGCAUGUCCAACUCAUAUGUGGGAUUAUAAUGAUGAUGGUAAUCAGUGUGCUAUUCAGAAGCAGAUACCUAUGGCUGAACCGGAAUGUGUAAGAACCAUGACUGAAACUGCACCAUGCAUUGGAUCAUUCUCUGCUGUUAAGACACUUUGGGAAGUGAGAAUUCAGAAAAUAAAUGAAGAACUACGGAAGGAAAAGGAAUUCAGACAGAGGGCUGUAGGCAGACUGAUGCUUGUCUGGGAGGAAAGAGACAGUUUAGCCAGGCUCAAAGAAAAAGUCAUCACUGAAGAUGGAAGGGUUAUACUAAGGAUAGAACAAGAAGAAUGGAAGAUGUUACCUGCUUGCUUACUGAAACUGAACCACCUCCAGGAAUGGCAGCUUCACAGAAUUAAUUUGGUGAAAAUUCCUGAAUUCAUUGGAAGGUUUCAAAAUCUCAUUGUGCUGGAUCUAUCCCGAAAUGCCAUUGAAAAGCUACCUAAAGAGAUUGGCCAGCUGCCUAACCUCCAAGAGCUGCUUCUCAGUUAUAAUAAAAUUAAGUCUGUUCCUAAAGAGCUAAGUAACUGCAUCAGCCUCGGAAGACUGGAACUGGCUGUGAACAGGGAUAUCUGUGACCUUCCACUUCAGCUCAGUGACCUAAAGAAGCUUUACCAUGUAGAUCUGAGUAUGAACCAAUUUACUACCAUCCCUUCAGCUCUCCUGAACAUGCCAAGUCUAGAAUGGUUAGACAUGGGGAGCAACAAACUUCAGCAACUCCCUGAUACGAUUGACAGAAUGGAGAACUUACAUACUUUAUGGCUCCAACGGAAUGAAAUAACCCACUUACCAGAAACCAUCAGUAAUAUGAAAAAUCUGAGUACUCUUGUCCUCAGCAACAACAAACUCCGGGAUAUUCCUGCUUGCAUGCAACAAAUGACAAAUCUCAGAUUUGUCAACUUCAGAGACAACCCACUGGAGCUGCAAGUAACACUUCCCCCAUGCGAGAAUACUGAAGAGGAAGAGGAACGGGAAUUGUUUGGUAUUCAGUUCAUGCAUAUGUAUAUUCAAGAGUCACUCAGCAGAGCAGGUAUGAGAUUUGUAUUGUCUGUAACUAGAGUAUGAAUAAAAAAUAUUAGAAAACAUUAAAAUGCAGUCAAGCAGAAUUAGGGUGUCUCUACACUGGUGUGAAUUCCAGCUUGAGGAGACAUACAUGAGCUAACAUGCUAAGAACAGAAAUGUAGUUACCUCUGAAUAUGAUCCUGGUACAUACUUAACUAACAAGCCUUCCUGACAUGUGUUCCACUCUGGUGACAUUUCUAUUUUUACCUCACUAGCUCAAUCAUAGCUAGCACAGAUAUGUCUCCUUGAGCUGGAAGUUACACUGAAGAGGGAGUAGCAGGAGAAGCGGAUGCUUUUGUCACGGAGUUUCUGGAGUUCCCAGCAUUUCCUGCCAGCAGGUGGAA